UCAAUUGGUAUCGGUGAGAAUUAAGCAAAAAAAAUACUUUCUUUGUUUGUUUCGGCGCUCGAUUCAUUCUCUACUCUGGGUGUGUGGGAUUUAACUUGGAAUUGAAAAUUUGUGUGGAUUUUGUUCACUUCAGGACUGUGUUUUCUGCACCCAUGAAGAGAGCAAUGCCGUGGAGUGAUGAGGUUGAUGUUAUCUCUUCUGAUCAAUCUUCUUCAGAAUCAGAGGCGGAUGAUAAUGAUGGAACCAGUAAUUCGCCUAUUGAGCAACCACUCCAAGAAUUGUCCCGUCAAGCUGUCCCCAUAUGUGGUAUCCUACUGCCCGACGGAAGAAACGCAAGGUUUUCCUGCAUGUGGGCCCCACCAAUGGUGGUAAAACAUACCAUGCUUUGAAGCAACUUGAGUCAAGCACUUCAGGACAAGAGAGAGACGAAGUUGAUGGUGCAAGGCACAAAGGUGUCACAGUGGAGAUGGCUGAUGUAACUUCCCAUUACCAUUGUGCUGUUAUUGAUGAAAUACAGAUGUUGGGCUGUAAAACAAGGGGUUUUUCAUUCACACGUGCGCUAUUGGGAAUUGCUGCUGACAAACUUCAUCUUUGUGGAGAUGCAGCUGCUGUUCCUCUUAUUCAGGAAAUGCUGAAAGUGACAGAUGAUAAUGUAGAGGUCCAAACUAAUGGAAGACUUUCACCACUUGUUCCUUUAGAAGUUUCUCUUGGAUCUUUUUCUAAUAUAAAAACAGGAGAUUGCAUUGUAACAUUUUCACGUCAACAGAUCUAUAAAAUUAAGAACCAAAUUCAGGAUGCGGGGAAACAUCUUUGCUCUGUGGUUUAUGGUUCAUUGCCACCAGAGACUCGUACAAGACAGGCAAUGAUGUUUAAUGAUGAAACUAGUGAGUUUGAUGUGCUUGUAGCCAGUGAUGCAAUUGGGAUGGAUCUUAAUCUGAAUAUUUCUAGGAUCAUAUUCUCCACUAUGAAAAAGUUUGAUGGUGUUGAAAUGAGGGAGCUUACGGUACCAGAGAUAAAGCAGAUUGCAGUUAACUUGGAAAUCUAACUAAAAUUUUAACAUAGUUGGUAUUUGGAUUGGUAAUAUUCUGUUGAAUUCUUUUUCUUUUUCAGUUUUCUCUUUCAUACAAGUUGCAUGGUGCUGAUAUAUAGUGUUAAUAGUGUUAGCCCCUUUGCUGAAAAUUGACAUGAAGGUUCUUUGUUUUGGUCACCCAUUAACGUUGAUGAUCCAUACAGCAUGGAGCAUUUCUUAGAGAAUGCAAAACUAUCAGAAAAUUAUUUUAUUUCCAACUGCGAAGGCAUAUUGAAAGUUGCUGCUCUUGUUGAUCAAUUGUCUCUCGGGUUGCAUGAGAAGUAUCUUUUUUGUUUGAGUCCAGUUGACAUGGAUGAUGAGAUUUCAGCUCAGGGUCUAACACAGUUUGCAGAAAAAUUACGCUAAGAAAGGCAUUGUUCGGCUCCAAGAAAUACUUGCACCAGGUGCACCUCAAGUGCCAAAGACACACAGUAAAAGGAAGGAGCUUGAAUCCAUUCAUCAGGUGCUGGACCUCUAUAUUUGGUUGAGUUUUUUGAUUUGAAGAUUCUUUCCCUGACCACGAGUUGGCAUCCUCACAAAAGGCAGCGUGCAGCAUGUUAAUCGAAGAUUUCCUAGAAAGACUAGGCUGCUGGCGAAAGCCAAAUGCAAGAAAGUUAUCUACACGCUCUAGCUUAAACUCUCUAUUCUCCAAAGACACCUACAAGAGAAGGGCACUGGGAAGAAGUGGAAAGGAACUGUGAUAUUCUUUUUAUGUAUUCAGUUAUAGAAUUCUUGGGAAUAAUUCUGUUUUCCAAAUAAAUAAAAAUGGAAAAAUCUU